AGGUAGGAGUAACCAGGAAUGUGAACAGCUUGUGAGGCUGCUUGUGGCUAGCCUAGCACUGCUACCCAGCAAUGACAUGCUUUGAUAUAGAAAUGCUAUUCCAACGGGGCACAUCGUCUCAUCGGCUAGGCUAGCUUGUUGGGGUUGGAAAAAUAACCGGCCGCUAGCAAAUAUUCCCGUUUAUUGUUGGCGUCCUGCUCCUAGACAUUGACAAUUUCCCAAAGGACAUACGAAAGAGGUGGUCGUCGGGAAUCAGGUCCUCAAAAGUAUCGGAGCCCUUGAAGUUGUCAGCUUUGAUGCAGUACAGUGCACUGAGUGCAAGAUGACGGAAGAGGUGAUUGUCAUUGCCAAGUUCGACUACACGGCCCAGCAGGACCAGGAGCUGGACAUUAAGAAAAACGAGCGCCUCUGGCUCCUCGACGACUCCAAAUCGUGGUGGAGGGUCCGAAAUGCCACCAACAAAACGGGCUUCGUGCCGUCCAACUACGUGGAGAGGAAAAACAGUGCCAGGAAGGCUUCCAUUGUCAAGAAUCUCAAAGACACGCUUGGAAUCGGGAAGGUGAAGAGCCGAAAGGCGGGGGCGAGGGACACGGCGUCCAACGCCGACCCCGACGCGGGCACGGACAACGGGGAGCGGCUGUACGACCUCAACCUGCCCGCCCUGGUCAAGUUCAGCUACGCGGCGGAGCGCGAGGACGAGCUGUCCCUGGUGAAAGGCACGCGGGUCGUGGUGAUGGAGAAGUGCAGCGACGGCUGGUGGCGCGGCAGCUACAGCGGGCGGUCCGGCUGGUUUCCGUCCAACUACGUGACGGAGGACAUGGACGGGACGGCGGGCGGCGGCGUGGGCCUGGGCGGCCUCGGGGACCCGGCCGGAUCGCUCACGGAGAAGCUGGCGGCCGUGGUGAACAGCACGGCCAACGGCAACCGGGUGCUGCACACGGUGCAGGCGCUCUACCCCUUCAGCUCGGGCAACGACGAGGAGCUGAACUUUGAGAAAGGCGAGGUGAUGGAGGUGGUGGAGAAGCCCGAGAACGACCCCGAGUGGUGGAAGUGCCGCAAAGCGGACGGACAGCUGGGCUUGGUGCCCAAAAACUACGUCACCGUGCUGGACUCCGCCGCCCACAAGUACGCGGCGGGACCCGCCGGGCCGCCCACGCCCGACUGCGACUACAUCUCGCCCUCGAGCGUCGGGCGCUUCGCGGGGAAGGAGUGGUACUACGGCAAGGUGACGCGCCACCAGGCGGAGGUGGCCCUCAACCAGAGAGGCGUGGAGGGGGACUUUCUCAUCCGGGACAGCGAGUCAUCGCCGAAUGACUUCUCCAUCUCCCUGAAGGCGCAGAGUAAGAACAAGCAUUUCAAGGUGCAGAUGAAAGAAAACCUUUACUGCAUUGGACAGCGCAAGUUCAACUCUAUGGAAGAGCUUGUUGAACACUACAAAAAGGCCCCCAUCUUUACCAGCGAGCAGGGAGACAAACUGUACCUGAUCAAGGCCCUGGCUGCCUCCUGAUCCCUCUCCGUUACACACACACACACACACAUCUAUACAUUAACUUCAUCCCUAUAUAUAUAUACAUUCAGAUACUUAAAGCCAGAACACACACUAACAUUUAAACUCCAAGCCUGAGGACUUCAACACAUCAUCAGGACUUAAAUGCCCGAUUGGGGAGCAUUCCAAGAGGAGGUAUGGGAGAAGCGCAGAGUGAUGGAAGUGGGAGACACAAAGACUAUGGACUCCAGAGAGUUGACUACAGACUUCUCGGUCGCCUAUUUUAAAUUAUCCAGAUGCGUUAGGUCAUAGGCAAUGCCAUUUAUUUCCACCUUGAUAUCUAUUAGAGUUGCCUUUUUUAGUUUACUUUGUUUUGUUUUGUUUUUGUUGAUAAUAUAUAAUCUUUUUAACAUUUUCUUUUUAAAAAUGUGAUGACUUUUAACUGUUUCACUUCACAACAACUACCCGUAUGAGGCAUUCUUCGGAUGAGGUCGACCUUUCAAACUCGUUUAUUUUUUUUAUUUUUGUCUGUCUUUAUCUUCUCUUUAUGGUUGAGGACACGCUAAUCCGCAACUUCCGCUAACUGCUUAUGAUGAAUAAAAACUAAGUGACCAAAAUAUAUUUAUUGAUACAAUUCUGUUAGGAUCGCAGUAUCACACUCGCACGCCGCCUGUAGCCGAAAAGGAUUCGCAGCAUCCGACUUGGGUUGUGCCACUUUUUAUUUUUGUACAACAAGAACUGCUUGUCUGGCGUAUUGCUGUAUAUCCGUGUCAUGUGAAUGUUACAACGCCGCGCAGCCGCCCACUUUUGUGCGUGUGUCUAGAGGUCAUGUGAAGAUUCAGAAAGUCUUCCCCCUGCAUGAGUGUUGACCCGCUGGAGGCGAUGAGGCGGGGGGGGGCAGGGGGGAGUUUGGGAGUUCAGAGGAUGAUGUCACCGCUCGUGAAUUAGUGGCGGGAAUGGAUGAGUUGACUUGGAAAAAAGGAUGCUGGUUAUUUUCUGUGAUGUCUGACGUCUUAAGAAGUCUCCUAAUGUCUUUUUUUUUGGGGGGGUUGGGUUUACUCUAUGUUUCCCCCCCCCCCCCCCCCCCACCAAAUGUACGGUCAAUGUCAAGUUAGAACAGACGGCGCCUAAACGUGUUGAGCGGGACACAUGGUUUGUAUUUGCGGAGUGAAAAUGGACCAAGUCGAGUUUUGAAUGUUCGAAGGGGGCAGCGGCUGCAAUCAGAGCUGCAGCGUCGCUCAGGGAGACGAUGCUCCGCCAUGAUGACUUCUCCAGCCCGGGCCAGUUGGACCCGAGUGCAGAGACUGGGGAGGGGGAGGGGGAGGGCGAGGCGAAGAGUUUCAUUGUAGAGGAAUGGAAAAAUGGACCUUCAUCUUAUAAUGCAGUGAAGUGGGAUGUAGGGGAGAGACUCUGAAUGUGGAUCUGGAUUACUGCUCCCAGUCCGAUGAGUGAAAUGAACCUCCGUCAUGCUAGAAAAAAAGUGAUUUUGGAUGGGAGGGCUCGUAGCGUCUAAUCAAUCCAAGCAUGAACACAAAGCAUGGGUCCUUUUGUUUUCUCCCCCUCCAUCUCCCAGCUUUUCAUACGAGAGCUGCGUGUUUUCUCUGCAAAAGAUGAAUUAUAAAUAGUGCAACAAUUACCUUCCAGUUUGAUUUAUGGCUGUUUAAAAGAAACUGCCAGUUUCUGAUUAUGCGCCCACACUACCGGUAGCCAAUUAAUUUAAGUGAGAUCCCAUUUUAUUAAAUGGUUCAAAACCAACAUUCCGGGACUAAAAGGCUUCUGCUGGGACUCAGAAUUGCAUUUUUAACAUGGUUUAAAAUGCAAUUCUGAACCUUUUUUGUGUUUAUUUGGGGUCCCAAAUCUAUAAAAAACUAAAUGAAUAUGUUGUGCCUGUAUUCCCUUCGUUUUCAGUUGUCCCCUUUUUGAUUUCUGUCACCAAAUAAGUAUUUGCGUCCUCUUUUACACCCAACAGACCGUUGCAUUGGUGCCGUUUCUUCAUCCGCUGUAUGUGAGACGGUGUUUGGUACCCGUGGGAAAACACUACGGCCAAACACCCAUUUUAUUUUCACUUUGUGUUAUUUCCUCCCUGACUUCCAGUUCCACAGUAAAAUGACAAGCGCCAACGCAACGUGCUCCAGUUUGAAGGAUUUAGGAGAGUUUAAUGUGCCUUCACAGCUUUCUGUCAACCAAAGGUUUAGCGCCCCCCCCCCCCCCUUUCAUUUCCUUUCUUCUUGACACCUCUCAUCACCACUGCGUGCUGAUUGGCUGAGGCUUUGCAUCCGAUUAGUGAGUGUUUGGGGGUGGCGUCCUUGUGGAGAAGAGUUUCCUCAUCUAGCGGUCGGCGGAGGAAAAAAAAAAAAAAAAAAGUCACUGUCUAACGUUUUUCUUUUCGGUCUCUCAUAAAAUGCCCAUUAGGUGACACUGUGUAGUUUCAAGUGACCUUACCUUUAUUGCUGAGAUCGUGGAGUGUAACUUCUUAAGUGGACAGUGAAAGCCAACAUGUAUGUUCUAUAAUAUGUGCUCAUGUUCAUUCAGAAACCCCCUCCAUCCCCCAGGUGUGAUGUAAUCAUGACCCGAAUCUCGUGUCAGAGCACCUCAAGCAACCGUCAUGGUUUCCCCGGAGAUGACUUAUUUUCACGUCUGUAUGUAUUUCGUAUAAAGACUAGUGAAAGACAUUCACUUUUUGCAGUUUAGCCACAUUUACAUAUGUAAAGAAAAUCCUCAAUACUUAAAACGUCUUACUUGAUAUUCAAAUCCAGAACUCCAGUGUCUCCCUGAAACAAUGUCUUUAUGACCUGGGAUCUUUUUUUCAUCUCACACCAACGGAGGCUGCAUGAGCAGAGCCUUGUAGCUGUACAGAGAUGGUUCUUAAAUCUGCUUAAAUGGACUCUGCAGUCACUUGUGACGGAUAUUAUUAAACAAA